AUGGCGCUUAACGAGAUCAACAUUGAAGAUAUCCAGAAAAUUGGGUCCAACGGACAAAAUGCAGAGGACACAUUGCAAAAUCUCCCAACACUAGCACGCUGGUACAUCGACAGUCGUGAAUGGAACAUUAAAGGCCUGAACCUCCCACUUCUGGAAACAUUACCCACCCAAGAACAAGAGGCUGUAAAGCGAUAUUACCACACCGCAGACAAACGCAUGUCCCUAGCCUCCCACCUCCUGAAACGUCUCUACAUUCACCACGUCUACGACAUUCCAUGGAGGAACAUCACCCUCAGCCGCACCGAUCCACCCCAGCGCCGCCCAUACUUCAACUCUGGAACAGCGACCAAGAUCGAGUUCAACGUGAGCCACCAAGCAUCACUUACAAUCCUCGCCGGAACCAUCGAGCCAGACGAUUCACAGCUCCAGAAGCUAGCAGCUGCAUCGAUCCCAGGAGUACGACCGCAGGUCGGCAUCGACAUAACAUGCGUUAACGAGCGCAAGCCAAUCACUACUUUCGCGGCGCUGACAGAACAUGUCGAGAUUUUCAGCGAAGUAUUCUCAAUCCGCGAACUCGAUACGAUGAAAGCUCCACAAGUGGUUCUGUCCCAGGCCCAAAAACUGGGUUACGCCCGGAACUUCUCAAUUCAUCGCGAAAACGACGUUGUCCGCUUCGGGCUUCGUCUCUUCUACUCAUAUUGGGCUCUGAAGGAGGCAUACGUCAAAAUGACAGGUGAAGCUCUACUGGCGCCCUGGCUGCGCGAACUCGAGUUCACGAAUGUAAUUCCUCCGGAUCCUGUUGAGCCAUUGCUCGCAUCCAAGCCGUAUUCCACUCCUGGUCAGAAGAUCCCGCAGUCACCGAAGAAUUGGGGCGCGCCUUAUACGAAUGUUGUGAUUUCUAGGGGCGUUGAGAUACUCGAGGAUGUGCGGAUUGAGUUGGUUGCGUUUGAGUCGGAUUAUAUAGUUGCUACUGCGGGAAGUGGGUGCACUGUUGGUGUGGUUCCUCGGGUUGUUCAGGGUGGGCCUCGGAGUCGUCUAGGAGAUGAAAUAUGCGUGCGGUUGUCGGAGAAUGACAUUGAGUUCCGUCGGAUUCCUCUGAGUACCAAGAGGUAUCUUGGGGAUAUGGAUCCUUGGAAUCUGCCCUCUGCACUCAAUGAUCCGUGGUUGCCCAUGCAGGAGGUCGAUAUUGACCUUGAUGUCCGGGCUUGUGCUGAAGGGCGCUGUUAUCACCUGGCUACAGGCGCGACUACUUUCGGCGGUUGA